AUGCCCGGCAAGCCAAAGGUUCUGCUCCUCGGGAGCAUCGUGCACGCACACUCGACCUGGAACUCCCUCGGAGACAUCGCCGAACUCGUAACACCCGCCGCUACAAACCGCGCAGACUUCAUUGCAGAAUGCAAAUCCGGCAAGCUGGAUGGCGUCGUCGUCGCAUACCGCACCUUCGAUUCCGCCUCGAUCACGGGCAACUUCGAUGAGGAGCUUGUCAACGCCCUACCUACCUCACUGACAUUCUUAGCGCACUGCGGUGCCGGCUACGACCAAGUCGACGUGCACGCCUGCAGCGCACGCUCUCCCCCGCUCCGCGUCUCCAACACCCCCACCGCCGUCGACGACGCAACCGCAGACGUAAACAUGUUCCUAAUCAUCGGCGCCCUGCGCAAUUUCAACGCCGGCAUGCACGCCCUCCGCGAAAACAAGUGGCGCGGAAACCCGCUCCCCCGCCUCGGCCACGACCCAGAGAACAAGGUCCUCGGUAUCCUGGGUAUGGGCGGGAUAGGCCGCAACCUGAAGAAGAAGGCCGAGUCGUUCGGGAUGAAGGUUGUCUACCAUAACCGUCGGGAGUUGAGUGCGGAGCUGUCAGAUGGCGCCAAAUAUGUGACGUUCGAUGAGCUGUUGGCGCAGAGUGAUGUGAUUAGUUUGAACUUGCCGUUGAACAAACACACCCGCCACAUCAUCAGCACAGCCGAAUUCGCCAAAAUGAAGGACGGCGUUGUGGUUGUCAACACCGCGCGCGGAGCAGUCAUGGAUGAAGAUGCCCUCGUCAAGGCCCUCGACAGCGGGAAAGUCUACUCCGCCGGUCUAGACGUCUUCGAAGAAGAGCCCAAGGUCCACCCGGGUCUUGUCUCAAAUCCGAAUGUCCUCCUUGUUCCGCACAUGGGGACGUGGACUGUUGAGACACAAACCGGAAUGGAGGAGUGGGCGAUUGGGAACGUGCGGGUGGCGCUGGAGACGGGGAAGCUGAAGAGUCCGGUGCCGGAGCAGGCGGAUCUAUAG